AACCCAACCACUCCACUUGACGACAACUUUCUCUGUUGUUGCUGUGCAGGAAAGUGGCUUGUGUUGUGUCGCAUGCACCCUGUCACCUGGUAGUUGACCGUUGAGAUUUUCCGCUCCUGUCAAAUGCCAGGCGCUCCCCCUCUCUCUCUACCAUUCUUUUUUCAAAUAAUUUAAUGCGUCAAAACAAGCAACGAGGAACACGAGGCAAUCGCACUGUUUUUACUUUUGUCCCUAUCUUAUUUCUUUCAUUAAAAAUAAAUAACUAUUCCGAUCUCCAUUUGAGUUGAGAAAUUCUAAUCUCCCUUCGUAAACGCCGCUCAUUUGCCAAAACAAGUAAACAGAUUUCAUCUGAGAUUUCUAUGAAAUAAUUCGAAGGUGACUUCAUUCCGCUGUAUCCAAUUAGCCACUUUCCUUAUGCUACACUAAUUGAUCAAAGCUUUAGUUUUACAUAUAGAUCCACUGUGCGAUAUAUUUGAGCCUGGUUUUGGCCAUUUCAAGCCAUGGCGGUAGCCACCAGCGAUUCAAUUCUUGCUCGUAGUCUGAUAACUGAUAGAAGAUCCACAAAUUUUGGUCUAAAAAAUGAAGUUUGUAGGGGCAAGGUCGUACCUUGCAGGGCUGGAGGUAAAGUCAAGGGCAAGGGAAAGGGUAGGGUGGAAGUCAAAGCAGCAGUGCAAAUUGGUGGUUUAGAGGAAGUAAAGAAAGCAAAAGAAGAAAUGGGUUUGGAUGUAGUAUCGGAGGAGGAGUUGCGAGAAAAGGGUUUCUUGGGGAUGAGGAAGACAAAGCUUGUUUGCACCAUAGGACCGGCUUGUUGUUCACCGCAGGAUUUGGAGAAGUUGGCAUUGGGUGGAAUGAAUGUGGCUAGGCUUAAUAUGUGUCAUAACACCCGGGAUUGGCACCGUGAUGUGAUUAAGAAGAUCAACCAGUUGAAUGAAGAAAAGGGGUUCUGUGUUUCUGUUAUGAUCGAUACUGAAGGUAGUCAGAUCCAUGUGCUUGAUCAUGGUGCUCCUUCUUCUGUGAAAGCAGAGGAAGGUUCCACCUGGUUAUUUACUGCUCAAAAGCUUGAGGGCUCCCCUCCAUUUACAAUUCAGGCUAACUAUGAAGGUUUUUCAGAAGGUAUUGAAGUGGGUGAUGAACUUGUGAUUGAUGGUGGAAUGGCUAGCUUUCAAGUAAUUGAGAAAGUUGGGAAUGAUUUGCGUUGUAAGUGUACGGACUCCGGUCUGUUUCUUCCUCGAGCCAAAUUUAGCUUUUGGAGAAAUGGAAAGCUUGUAGCAAGAAAUUCUGAGCUUCCUACUCUAUCCAAAAAGGACUGGGCUGACAUUGAGUUUGGAGUUUCUGAAGGUGUCGACUUCAUUGCCCUCUCUUUCGUCAAUGAUGCUGAUCCUGUUAGGCAGUUGAAGAACUAUCUAUACAUGAGGUCAUCCAGAUCCACAAGGGUAUUGGCAAAGGUUGAGAGCUUGGAAUCACUACAGAAAUUGAAAGAGAUUGUAGAGGCUUCCGAUGGAAUCAUGGUGGCUCGUGGUGACCUUGGAGUUGAAAUCCCUUAUGAACAGAUUCCGACAGUUCAAGAGGAAAUAACUCAUGUUUGCCGAGAAAUGAACAAGCCUGUUAUUGUAGCUUCUCAACUUCUUGAAUCGAUGAUUGAAUACCCUACUCCAACACGGGCUGAGGUUGCAGAUGUUUCUGAAGCAGUUAGGCAAUAUGCAGAUGCCUUAAUGUUAUCUGGUGAGUCGGCUAUUGGACCAUACGGGCAGAAGGCACUUUCUAUCUUGCAGAUGGCUAGUAGUCGAAUGGAACUAUGGAGUCGGGAGGAAAACCGACAAAGUAUUCUUCAUCAGCGCCGGCUUGGUGUGUCAUUGCCUGAUCGCAUUGCUGAGCAGAUCUGCAAUUGUGCUGUUGAAAUGGCCAAUAAUCUUGGAGUCGAUGCCAUCUUCGUGUACACGAAGCAUGGACAAAUGGCAUCACUCCUCUCUCGUAACCGUCCAUACCCUCCCAUAUUUGCAUUCACAAGCGACAACGGCACCCGUAUGGCUCUGAAUCUUCAAUGGGGAGUAAUUCCCCUCCUUGUUGAACUGUCAGAUGACGACGUGGAAGCGAACAUUUCAACGACCAUUGAGCUUAUAAGAAGAAAAGGCUUGUUGAAACCUGGGGAUGUGGUUAUGGUGGUCUCAGAUUUAACGCCAACCCAUAUAAAUUCCACCGCGUUUCAGUCCAUCCAAGUGAAGACGGUUGUUUAAGGACACUACAUUGCUACUGUAGCUACAUGUUGAUCCUUUUGGCUUAUGUUCAUAAGUUUGUUUGCUUUCACAUACGUUUUCCAGUUGCUAUUCAUUGUUAUGGGACUUUGAUUUAAAUCUGUCGAUUUAAUUUGUGAUUUUAUUAAAAAAAUCAAUCUUCAAUCAA